AUGCUUUACAAAAAGCAGAUUUUUCUUAUUCUCUUCUUAAUAUCAGUGCUUCAAACAUGUAGCAGUACUACCGAAAAAGAACUUAAAACUGAACCAACUUCAACAACCCCUAAGGAAGAAACAGAAGAACUAGUGCAAUCAGAAACUAAAGAUGGAACGUUAGAAAUUGUGAAAAGGAUCAAAAAAGUUAAUCCUGAUGGAUCGUAUACCAUUGGAUACGAAGCUGAUGAUGGUUCUUUUAAAAUUGAAAGCAGAGAUGUACUGGGGAAUAUUAAAGGUACUUAUGGUUUCGUUGAUGAUGAAGGUAAAGUUAAAAGAGUUUCGUAUAGUUCAAACAAUGCCAGUGAAGUGUUUUCUAAACAUCAACCUCUUUCGCAAGACAAAAACAAAGAGAAUUAUAUUACAUCAUCUACCAGAAGGCCUACAGUGUCUACUUCUACAGACCAAACAUCAUCAACGACCACAGAAAGUGUCAUUCAAAGCAUAGCAAGCAGCGAAGAGCUAGCAACAACCUCUAAACCAAGCACAAUAAUAUACUCAUCAGCUUCACCUAGAGUUUUGCUCCAAAGACCUUCUACGUCACUAGCCUUAAAGAAUUCUUUACUUAAAUCAUCAGAAGGUCAACUUAUUCGACCUGAGGUCAGUUCAGAGAAGCCUACAGAACUUCCGGUGUUGAAAAGUUUGAUUAACAAGAAGUUUGAGCUGGAGAAACCAGUAAAUGAGGAUGUUUCUGAUGUUAGAAACAAUAUUCUGAGAAGACAGCUACCUCAUGAACCCAGACAAAGUGGUUUUAACCCAAAUGAGCAUAUUUUUAACGUAAAACAAUCUCUAGGAGAUGGUGAUAUGGUUGAUGUGUAUAAUAACGAUGCCAGUGUUACUCCAAGACCUCUUUUCACUACCUCACGUUCAACUAGAGUGUUUCCUGUAAUUUCAAGCACCACUUCAAGUCCUGUAGCUAUUUCCAGGCCCACUGUCAGCUACGUAGCUAACUACCAAAGAGAAAACCUACAACAAAUCGAAUCAAGAAGCACAGAAUAUGCUCCAUCAACUGAAGAAGCUUCCACGACUACUGGAUCUCCUACAGUAACUCCUGUAGUGCAAAUUCCUCCAAACGGAGGUGAUUCUCCUGAACCUCUGGUUGCUGUACGUCAUCCUUUCCAACGAGGGGCCAUUUUGGUGCCUCUGAGUCAACUUCAGGGUCGUAUAAUACCUGUAGAGAAUAUGCAGGAGGUACAGGAAGCUAGGAGGCAGUACCACAGUUAUCAGCAACCUCAAAAUGUUGUUGAAAUUGAGAAACAGAAUGUGAGGAGGGUUCAGCCACCUCCUUUGAGGCCUUUGCCAGUUCAGGUAGAUGAAAAUGGGUAUAUCAGAGAUAUGCCAGCAAGUGUACCAACUCCAUAUCCUUUACCAGUGCCUGUUACUCCAGUUCCAGUACGACAUAUUCCAGUUUUACCUGUUAGAUACGUCAAUAACGAUGUUGAUAACGAUAUUGAUCGAAUCCAACCUCCUGUGAGUACAAGGGACUUCCAGAAGUUGCUGAAUCAGCUGAUAGUAAGGCAGAAACAACUGGAACGAAUCAGUGCGCUGACUCAUGCGAGAUUGCAGCCUCAAAUAGUGCAUCCUCAACCAACACCUCAAGCUUACUACGUUCAAAGAGUGGCAUCUCCUAAUCCUCAAGAGUCCAUGGUGAGGUAUGCUUACCAGAGAGUGCAAGAUGGCAGGGAGGGUGAGAACAAUUUGCCUCACAGGCCGGCUGUGAGGUACGAGAGGCCGUAUACUUUGACAAGGAUUGGGAGAGCUCAGAGUCCUGUACAUGCCCCUGUAUACAAACAAGAACAAUCACAAACAGAAGAAUACCUGCCUGUAGAAGUCAGGGAAAUGCUUCUUUUGAGGAUGCUACAGUUAGCCAUGAAUCCAGCCCUCCCUAUUGAGGAAGACAGCGAUUCACAGCCUCUAGCAACAGCCACGACACCUCAAUACAGGAAAUCGCCUGUCGAAAUGUAG